GGCAGGUGGCAGCGGGGAGCGGGCCCGGGGGUCCCGCGGCGGCGGGGCCAUGCGGCGGGCGGCGGAGCGCUGAGGGGGGCGCCGGGCCAUGGCGGCGGCGCUGACGGCGGUGCGCACCGAGGGCGCGGAGCCGCCCGGCGGGACCCCCCCGCCCCGUCGCCGGGGGCUGCUGGCGGGGCCGCGUCCCGGGGCCGCCGCCCGCCCCGCCGGGCCGCCGCGCUGCUGCCGCCGCCGCCUGCAGAACUGCCUCUACAACGUGCUGGAGCGGCCCCGCGGGUGGGCCUUCGUCUACCACGUCUUCAUAUUCCUCCUCGUCUUCAGCUGCCUGGUGCUGUCGGUCUUCUCCACCAUCCAGGAGCACCAGAAACUGGCCAACGAGUGCCUCUUCAUCCUGGAGUUUGUCAUGAUCGUGGUGUUCGGCAUGGAGUACAUCAUCCGCGUCUGGGCGGCCGGCUGCUGCUGCCGCUACCGGGGCUGGAGGGGACGCUUCCGCUUUGCCAGGAAACCCUUCUGCGUUAUAGAUUUCAUCGUCUUCAUCGCUUCGGUGGCUGUCAUCGCUGCCGGCACCCAGGGCAACAUCUUCGCCACCUCGGCACUGCGCAGCAUGCGCUUCCUGCAGAUCCUGCGCAUGGUGCGCAUGGACCGUCGCGGCGGCACCUGGAAGCUGCUGGGCUCUGUUGUCUAUGCCCACAGCAAGGAGCUCAUCACCGCCUGGUACAUUGGCUUCCUGGUGCUCAUCUUCGCCUCCUUCCUUGUCUACCUGGCUGAGAAGGAUGCCAAUGCCCAGUUCGCCACCUACGCCGACUCCCUAUGGUGGGGCACGGUCACCCUCACCACCAUCGGCUACGGGGACAAGACACCGCAGACAUGGCUGGGACGGAUGCUGGCGGCUGGCUUCGCCCUGCUCGGCAUCUCCUUCUUCGCACUGCCCGCCGGCAUCCUGGGCUCUGGCUUCGCCCUCAAAGUGCAAGAGCAGCAUCGGCAGAAACACUUUGAGAAGAGACGGACUCCAGCAGCAAACCUGAUCCAGGCUGCCUGGCGCCUGUACUCGACGGACAUCAGCCGUUCGUACCUGACAGCCACGUGGUGUUACUACGACAGCCUCCUGCCCGCCUUCAGAGAGCUGGUCCUAAUGUUUGAGCAUUUACACCGAGUCCGCAACGGAGGAUUUAGGAAUUCAGAGGUGAAAAAAUUGCCUGACGGAGCCCCACCGCCUUAUCACUCCUUCACCCCUGGCCAGAAAAGCAUCAGCCCCGCCGCUUGUUCAGGGGAAAGCUGGAAGGAGGAGGACGUACCACCCCACAAGUGCUUACGCCUCAGCAACAAGAUGGGCAUCAAGGAGCGCAUCCGGCUGAGCAGCUCGCAGCGGCAGGGCAGCCGGGGCCGGCAGCACCUGGGCCCCCCCCUGCACCGCUCCCCCAGCACCGAGGACAUCCCCGAGGCCUCCAGCCCCACCAAGGUGCAGAAGAGCUGGAGCUUCAAUGACCGGACCCGCUUCCGCGCAUCCCUGAGGCUCAAGCCACGGACCCCGGUUGAAGCUGACUGCCCGCUGGAGGACAGUGGUGAGGAGAAGAGUUCCCACUGUGACCUGACCUUUGAGGACAUCAUGCCACCGGUGAAGACCCUAAUCCGAGCUGUCAGGAUCUUGAAGUUCCUGGUGGCCAAGAGGAAGUUCAAGGAGACCUUGCGACCCUACGAUGUCAAGGAUGUCAUUGAGCAGUACUCAGCUGGCCACCUGGACAUGCUGGGCAGGAUCAAGAGCCUGCAGACACGCGUGGACCAGAUCGUGGGCAGGGGGGCCCUGACUGUGGACAGGAAGAUACGGGAGAAGGGGGAGAAGCCGGCGCUGGAGACAGAGCUGGUGGACGAGCUCAGCAUGAUGGGGCGUGUGGUCAAAGUGGAGAGGCAGGUGCAGUCCAUCGAGCACAAGCUGGACCUGCUGCUCGGGCUCUACUCCCAGUGCCUCCGCAAGGGCUCCACAAACUCCUUCAGCCUGGCUGCCGUGCAGGUGCCGCCCUGUGAGCCCGACAUCACCUCCGACUACCACAGCCCCGUGGACCACGAGGACAUCUCGGUCUCUGCCCAGACCCUCAACAUCUCCAGGUCGGCCAGCGCCAACAUGGACUGAGUGGGGAGGCAGCGGGACGGAUCCUGCCAGCGUGCAGCCGGUGGGACGGGAUGCUGGGAUGGGGGGGGGGCAGCAGGGCAUCACCCAGCCCUGUCUAGCCACGUCCUUCACCGUGUUACUUGAACCAAGUCUUCCUUUGUGGGGGGCACGGCUGCAGCGAAAUGCCAGCUCUGGGGCUGGGGUGGGAGCCCGUGGCACUGCGGCAUGGCCAGACCAUGCUCCUGCCCUUCCGGGGGGGUGAGAGCCCCCCAAUUCCUGGGGCCUUGCGUGCUCCCCAGCCAUGGUGGGGAUGCUCCAGGCUGGCCCCAUCCCCUGGGGUUUGGGUCGUACCCCCAGCCCCAGCCCUCAGGACCUGUCCAGCUCCCCAGUGGGGUCCUGCCUGGUCCCCCGGAGCCGAGCCGGGGCCACCGCCAGCUAUGCAAGGCUCCAUCUCCCCUCCGCUGCCAGUGCCGAGCAGGGGCAUUGGGGCAUGACCCAGUGCGGUUUCAGCUGCAGCACUGGGUCAGGGCAGCGGCAGGCGCCCCCCAGGCUGGGGAGUGGGGGGGUCUGUCCCCCCUCACCGUCCUCUGCCUGGGUUUUUUCCCUGCUCGCAGCGCUGCUGCUGCACCUGCACUUCUAGAAGCACAGCAGAGCCUUCUGCCUGCCCGUGCAUGCUCCCAGGGCAAUAUAUAUAUAGAAUAUAUAUAUAUAUUUAUGCAAUAAUGUCUUAAUAUGCAACACCCCCGGGAAGAGCAACCCGUGGGGACUUAGGCAAUAAGCAAACCCCCCUACCAGCACCGAGGGCUGGAUCCUGCUGCCCGUGGGGGCCCACCUGGGUGCCCUGGGAGCUUGGGGCUGGGUGACAAACCUCUGCACGAGGGUGGCCCAGGGGCUGGGCUGGGGCUGUGGAGGAGGGAGGGAUGCAGGCACGGGCAAUGGGGACAGCGGUCCCCAAGGUGCAUCCCUCUUGUGUCCCAGGCUCCGCUUUUGCUUAGAGGAUUUCUUCCCUGCUGGGUCCUGUGGUGCUCAGUUUGUCCCUCCCCAUCUCCCCAUCCCCUCUCUGGUCCAGGGAGCACGGGCCGGGCUUGAGGGAGUGACUGCCCGGUGGGGACGGACUGGUGUUGGCCAUGCCUGAUUGCAUGCCACUUGCAGCAGAGCCAUGGCAGCUCCUGUGCUGUCCCACUCCCCUUCACUGCCCCAACCCCAGCCCUGCAACUGGUUUCCAGUCCCACAGCGCUGGGCUGAGCCAGGCUGGAAGCAACUGUGGUAGUGCCAAAGUUUGCUGAGCUGGGGCUGGCUCCUGCUCCCGCACAGCCGGGGGUCCUGGGGGUCCCGGUGCCCUGUGGGGCUUGGCGGUGACACCUGCAUCGUCACAGCCCCGGGAUCUGACCUGGGCUGGCAGGGACCCACCGAUCCCCUCACUGCCAGUGCAGCCCCUCUCUGGGCUUCGGAUCGUGGGAUUUGCAACCCCCUUUCCCAAGCCCCCCUGUGCCUCUGCUCCUGGCAGCGGGUACCCCCAGUCGUGCUCGUUUUUCUUGCCUCGUUAGUGCAUGUGGCCAGCGCGGGCCAUGCCGGAGCCGCUUGCAGCCUCCCUGCUGCUCCUGCACCACCCUGGUCCCCUCUCCUCGCCCCAGGGGUGCCUGCCCCCCCCGGCUCGGCCGUGGGGCAGCAAGGGGAUGGCUGGGUGCCGUGGGUGGGCAGGUGGUGGGUUGGUGUGUGGGUGCCGUGGGUGCCCGGCUGUGGGGCGAGGGUGCAUGCGACAGCUUUGCCCGCAGCCACGCACAAGAACUAACCCAUAGGACCCUCCCCGGAGCUGGCUGGUCCCCGCAGACCUGCCCAGCCAGCGUUAGUUACCUCACUUGAUUAAAUUAUUAACUUAUUUGUUUCAUUAAAAUUUGGAGUAGA